ACCGUUGGAUACGAACGUAAACAAAUCCGGUUGACGUUUCGCGAAAAUUGUUUGGCCGCCGCGCGCGCUGCAGAAAAAAUAAAGGAUUCCUUGCUAAAUCCGUUCAGUUUCCCGUCGAAAUCCUUCGUGAAAAGUUCGCAGAUCUCGCCGGCCGCGACCAUGUUUAAAAAUACCUUCCAGUCGGGGUUCCUGUCGGUGCUUUACUCGAUCGGUUCCAAGCCGCUCCAGAUUUGGGACAAAAAAGUGCGCAAUGGGCACAUCAAACGGAUUACGGACCAGGACAUCCAAUCGCUGGUGCUGGAGAUCAUCGGAACCAACGUGAGCACCACGUACAUCACCUGUCCGGCCGAUCCGAAGAAGACGCUCGGCAUCAAGCUGCCGUUCCUGGUGAUGAUCAUCAAAAAUUUGAAGAAAUACUUCACCUUCGAAGUGCAGGUCCUGGACGAUAAGAACGUGCGACGGCGGUUCCGAGCCAGCAACUACCAGUCGACGACACGGGUCAAACCGUUCAUCUGCACGAUGCCGAUGCGGCUAGACGAGGGCUGGAACCAGAUCCAGUUCAACCUGUCCGAUUUUACCCGCCGUGCGUACGGGACCAACUACGUCGAAACGCUCCGUGUGCAGAUCCAUGCCAACUGCCGGAUACGGCGGGUUUACUUCUCCGACCGGCUGUACUCCGAGGACGAGCUGCCGGCCGAGUUCAAGCUGUUCCUGCCGAUUCAAAAACCCCAGUCCAAAGCGAUCGCCCAGCAGGCCUGCUAGAGAGUUCAGCGCGCAGAACACGCGCCGUCGAGAAGUCAAGACUUUCCUUUUCUACCAAAAUCAUUCACCCAAACUCACACCAUUUUACACCAAACUCGCACCCCAAAAAAAAACUUUAGAUUGUCAUUUUGCACCCUCAAAACAAAAAAAAAAUCUUAUUUCGCACUUUGCUUGCCACUGAACUACUUUCGAGUCCCGAAAAACGAAAGCAACACAAGGCCAUAUCGAGGGUAGAUAGUAAAGUGUCCUUAUCACCUAGAAAAAAAAAACGAAAACAAACCAAGCCAUUGGAGAGAGCGCAGUCAACCCCCGACAAAACAACCGGGACCGGGUAGCGGG